AUGACCAAAGCACUUCCUUUUAAUGAAGAUGAAAGUCUUCGACGUUUGAUUAUUUCACAAUGUGUUUGGAGUGAUACAUAUAGUUCAUUGAAACAUAUUCUUAAACGAACAGCAAAUCGAUUACCAUUACUUGUAUCAUUCUGUAGUGAUAAUAAUGAACAAAAAACAUCAAAUGACAAUAAUGAUCAUACAAUACUGUUUUUUGAUCGAAAUGUUUCAAAGAAAAUAUUAUUUACACCAUUAAGACAAUUAGAAGACAAACAAAAUCAAUUUGAAGUUUAUCCACGUCAUUGCACUUUUGCUGUGACUGAUUCAUUUAGAGGAAUAUUUGAAUUUGUUCGUAAUGGACGACGUUGUAGUCAUAUUUACACAAAUCUUGAACAACUAGUCAAUUAUGCAGCAAGUAUUAAAUGUACAGCUACAUUUAUGUCUCGAGAUCAUAUACAAGGUUAUUAUGAAGAUUCAAAUUCUUCACGUUGGACAAGCAAAAAAUAUCCUCAAGGAGCAGUUUUUCAAGCUCAAUAUAAUCAUCGUUCAUCAGAUCAAUUUCAUCGUGAUCGAAGAAUCAAUGCUGAUUAUGUGAAAUGUUUAGAUGAAGAUGGUUAUAAUAUUUUUCUAAAAAUAAACCAUUCUGGUCGUUUCUCUCUAAUUGCUACAUCUAUUGAUCAACAAAAAAAUCAACCUGAAAAAUUUCUUCAUUUUAUUCAAACACCAAAUAUUGAUAAACUAAUACAACGUUUAAUACUUGAUAAAAAUAAUAUGAAUUGUAUACGUCUUGUUCGUGGUCCAGUUCCACAUAAUUUUAUUUGCCAAUAUUUAAAAUUUGUUCGUCAACAUACAUAUGAUGUAUUAGUUGGUUUAACAAAAGAAGGUCUUGUUAUUGAAUGGAAUAUAGAAAGUUAUGUAUCAUGUCGAUAUGCAACUAAUUUCGAUGAUAUUUUAAAUAACCUUUAUGGAACAUGGGAAGAACAAACACUUGAAAGUUAUAUGGAUUAUGCUCGAACACAUUAUCGAGAAAAUUUUCAAAAUAAUGUACAACUUCUUUCAAAAAGAGAUUGGACUGCAUUGUUUCAAUAUUGGAAAUGGACAGGUGAUAUUUGUCAAAUAAAUAAUAGUGAUAAAAAUAUACCCGAUCAAAGUUGUCGUGAAUUUCAUUUAGUUACUUCAAUACAAGAUAUUUCUGAUGAUGCUGAAAGACUUUCUUCUGAAUUGAAAAAAUCGAUAAUCCAUCAUCACAAAUCUCAAUCAAUUCAAGAAAUUCAUCAUAAACAUGAUAGAAAAGUUUUAUCAAGCAAAGAGCGUUUAUUUUUAACUGGAAUAUCGCCAACCGUACCAUCAAAAUCAAGUCAAAAACAAGACCGAAUAUCUCUACCCCAUCCACGUUCAAUCAGUCUCCAAAGAACGAAGCACGAAAAACUAUUUGAUGAUAGUAUCUAUGAUUCAAACCAUAAUUAUCAAUCAUUAUCCAACAAGAUUCAAUUCAAUUUCGACAAACGAAAUGCCAGACGGACACAAUGA